AUGUCGAAGACCAUGAAAGCAGUCGUCUUCGAUGGCCCCUUGAAGAUCUCUGUGCAGGACCGGCCGGUCCCUAAGAUUCAGGAUCCGACGGACGUUAUCAUCAAAGUGAAGUACACUGCACUAUGCGGAAGUGAACUUCAUGUUUUCCGCGGCCAUCAACCCAGUGAGACGGAUUUCAUCAUGGGCCACGAAGCGACCGGCCAAAUCAUUGAAAUCGGGUCGGCCGUCAAGAACCACAAGGUCGGCGACACGGUCGUCAUGCCCUUCACCGUCUCCUGCGGCGAUUGUUUCUACUGCCAGCGCGGCUUCUCUUCCCGGUGCGCCAAAAGCCUCCUGUUCGGCUGCCCCGUGCUUGACGGCGGCCAGGCGGAAUACAUGCGGGUUCCGCUCGCCGAUGCCACGGCCGUCACGGCUCCGCCGGGCAUCGACGAGAAGAAGCUGGUGCUGAUGGCAGACAUCUUCCCCACGGGCUACUUCGGCGCGCAGAACGCCUUCAAGGGCUUGGACGCCGAAACUAUAAGUCAGAGCGUCGUCGUGCUGAUCGGCUGUGGUCCGGUGGGCUUGUGCGCCCUCAUCAAUGCGCUGGAGUACAAACCCAAGAUCGUGCUCGCGGUCGACCGCGUCGAGUCGCGGCUCGCGCUUGCGAAGAAGCUGGGCGCGGAACCGUGGAAUGAUCAGCAGGAUCGGGAAGGGUUGGAGAGGCGCGUGAAGGAGCUGACGGAUGGGAGGGGGGCGGAUAUGGUGAUUGAGGGCGUGGGACACGCUGAUGCGCUGAAGAUGGGCUUCCAGCUGCUGAGGCCGUGGGGCGUGAUCAGUAGUUUUGGGGUGCAUCAUGAACCGAUUCCCUGGACGGGCGAUGAGGCGUACGGGAAGAAUCUGAGGGUGCAGAUGGGGAGGUGUCCCGUUCGGAGCCUCUUCCCGGAAGCGCUGGCGAUGUUGCAGAAGCACCAGGAUAAGCUAGAUUUCAUGACAGACAAGUUCAUGCCGUUAAGCCAGGCGGCCGAAGGAUACGACAUCUUUAAUAAGAUGCAAGUGCAGAAAGUGGUGUUCGUGCCGGAGCAUUCGAGCUGA